UGGGGCUAAGCGAGGUUGGUGAGCGCCACAUACGGUCAGACAGGCGCGCCCGUACCUCGGGCCAGGCAGCCGAGAUCAUACGCAAGCCCGAGCGGCGUACGUCUAGCUACAGGGCAGCCUAGAUCACAACACCAUGAACCGCAGACAGGGCAGCCGAUAGCACCACAAAAACAAUGGGCCUCCUCGACCGCGUCAUGCUGAAGAAGGCGCGCUUCGAGAACGAGGAGCUGCCACCGGAGCUCCUGCCCCCGAAGGAGGCGGAGGAGCCCGUCGUUGUAGACCCCGAUGCGGACCUUGAGAGAAAGCUCUGCUGGCUGCCCGACGCGCCCGAGACGGCGCCGUCGCGCGUCAAAGUUGUCUCGUACAAUGUUCUGGGAAGAUGCAACGCCGACGGCAUGCACAGUAAGUCGCAUCCGUCUUCCUUGACCUGGAGCUUCCGGAGGCAGCGAUUACUAUCUGAAAUAGUGUCCUACGAAUGCGAUGUGAUCUGCCUGCAGGACGUCGACGACUACCACGGCUUCUGGCUGCCCGGCCUCAACGCCGCGGGCUUCGAUACGAUGUACGCGCCCCGACAAAAGUCCCAGGCCCACGCCGAGGAGGAUCUGAUCAGCGAGGAUCUGGAUGGGGUGCUGAUCGGAUGGAAGCGCAUGCACUUCCAAUUAGUAAGGAGUGAAGUCAUUGAACUACACAGAGCGGCAGAGAGAGCAAAAAGAGCGUCGACGGCGGUCAGAUGUGCGGCUCGAGAUGAAAUCGCCAUGAUUUUGGAUCUGGUGCCCUUCAACAAUGCAACACACGAUGCUGCCUUAGUCGUAGCGUGCACGCAACUCGCCGGCGGCCACGCCGGCGACCAGUACGAGCCGACGGCCGAGGACUGGGACGUCGUGAGCGACGAGCAGAUGCGGGAAUUAGUCACGAACUGGCGGGCCGAAGAGUCGGUGCGCGGGACACAAACAAAAUACCUCACGGAGCAAAUCGAGCAGUUCAACCGCGACUUCCAGCACCCCGUGGUCCUGUGCUGUACCUUACAUGGCGCUCCCAACUCAGAAGCGCACGCGUUGCUCGAGACGGGCCGGCCGCUCCCGAUCCCGGCGCCGCCGCGGCCGCCGCCCUCGCCCCCGACGCUGGAGCCCGACGGCAUCGGGUUGGGUGACGUGGGCGAGUCGCCGACGACGGCCGUCUUAUAUUGGCUUCCUGCUGUGGUAGAUGCGUCCAAAUUGGACCCGCCGGUCGAGCGCUACUACGUGCAGCACCGGAUUGGCGGGAAUACGACUUUAGGAUGGUCCAAACCCCUUAUUUUGGACGAGCACCUUUGUACGCACUACACUACGGUGUUGAGGCCAGGAACUAGGAAGAAAAGAACCGUGCGCGACCCUAGAUAUAGGCACGUCGUCGCCGGGUUGUGUAGUGGUGUGGCCUACGAGUUUCGAGUGGCGGGCGAGUCGUCGCUGGGACUAGGCGCCUACUCAGAACCGUCCGCGCCCUUCGCCACAAAAGCUUAUGGCGCAAACAUCCCCGACUACUACGACCUUGAUAAAGAGGCGCCGGCGCCCGCACCUGAAAUGGAGGCGGACCCCUUGACGGUCGCCGAAGAUUUAAGGCAGUUGCGGGUCUGCGGGCCCGACGUGCCGCGAUUGUUGUUGGGACCGUCGGAAGUAGCAAGAAAGCACGCCGUCGGCGAGUCGCUUUCAUUACAACACGCCGUGGCCGCGGCUCGCGAAGCGAAUCUGGUGGAUGAGAAUUUUGCAAGAGAGGCGUCGCGCGCGAAGAGUGCCGUCGAGCAGCUCGCGUUACUUGAACAGGUCAAGGUAGCCUUGGAUAACGGUGAUAUCGACCCGCGCCUCGCGUCGGCGGAUCAUGAGGUGAGGCAGCAAGCUAGGUUCGCGACGACGGACGAGGCGUUACGAGCGCAGGAGUUUGCUGAUUACGACCAGAAGCACCACCCCUUUUCGUCCAAGACGGGCAUCUCACCGAGACAUAACGCGAGGUUCGCCACACCAGCCUACUCGCGGACCUGCGAGCAAGUGAGAGCGUUAUGUAACUGCGCUAUUUGUGGAGGGAAGAUCGCGCACCCUGUAGAAGCGGAGCCGACGCACGUGUCGAACGCUACAGCACAAGUCUGUGUGAAGCGCCUCGCGAUCUCGCCGGAACGCGCCGCCAGUGCGGGCAUGUCGCACAACCGGCCGCCGCCCUUCAAGAUGGACCCGAAGUACCUUACGCCGGCGGCGCAGCCCCACGUUAAAGAAAGGAUAUCAUUGGACGAGCCCGAAACUGUGAUAAACAAGCCGCCCGAACACAAUCGUUUAGGAUUGUUUUCGGCUUAUAAUCAGGCGGCGGGCUCCGAGCCGCCGUACACGAUGACGGCCGAGCGCCGCACGGCUUGUGUUGAUUAUAUUUUUCUCUCAAAAGACGUGCUGCGGCCCGUCGCCUACCUGCCGGUGCCGCGGCUGCGUCAGUUCGCGCCGCCUCCGAAGAAUGAAGAUGAUGAGUCGGACGGCGAAGACGUCAUAAGGCGAGUGCGCGUCGCGCGGCAGCGCCGCGUCUUGUUUGACGACGCGACGUUCGUCCGCGAGGCGGCGAAGCGCAAGCACUACAUCGCGCCCGAGGACAUCGAGGACGCCGCGAAGCUCGCGGCGAUGCCCGAGGACGUCUUCGAGGGCGCGUUCAGGGCGGCCAUCGACGCCAACCGGGGCUCGUGGCUGCCGAACGACCGCUUCCCGUCGGACCACAUGGCCCUGGUGGUGGUCUUCGACGUCGACGAGCGGCUGACGCCGGCGGUGCAUGCGGCGUAAGGAUGAUUGUGUACUUACUACUUGGGCUAGC